CUGGGCUGACACGAUGGCUGAAGUAGACGGUCGUUCAACUAUAACUGACAUUGACAUUGUUUGUACCCCUUGUUUUGAGGGUGAUAUUCGAGAGCAAGCUGUGAAAUAUUGUCCUGAAUGUCUGGAGUUUUUGUGUACAGGAUGCACUCAACACCAUGGAAGACUGAGAAUUAGCCGUUCCCAUAAGCUUGUAGACAAGAACGAGGCAAAACAGAAGUCACAUGUGACCGUGACAGCAAAAUGUUUAUAUCACCCAGAUCGUGACAUAGAGAUGUACUGUAAAGAGCAUGAUAUGGUUUAUUGUUUAAAGUGUAUUGCUACAGACCAUAGGUCCUGUACGGGAGUGACAAGUUUAGACGACUUAUCAGUUUCUACUGAUCAGAAAAGAGAAACAGAACGUUUAAAGGCUGACAUUAUGAACACCCAAGAACGUUUAGAAAAUACUGAUAAGAAAACGAACCUGAAAAGCAUAGAGGAACAAAGAAAUGAAGUCAUUUCGCAAAUAGAGGGACUUGCGCGCGGUUUGGUAGAACAUAUCCAGAAGUUGGAGUGUGAAGCUUUGGAAGGUCUAGAUGCGGAAUAUUCUAAAGUCAAAGGAGAACUGGAGACAGAUAUUUCUAAUUUAAGUAAAGCUAAACAAGAAAUUGAGCAGGUGAGAAGUCAACUAAAAGACUUGGACAGUCUGAAUAAAAUACAACAGUUUGUCCAAACAAAACUGACACAACAAACAUUAAACGAUGCAGAAACAGUAUUUGGACAAACUGAAUCUAAGGGCAUUCAAUCAUUGUAUUUGAAGGAAAAUACAGAAUUAAAGUCCUCUGUCAGUUCAUCAACGUCUUUAGGGUCUGUACAAAAGAUAGCAGAAAACAAAAGCCAGCCGACAUCAACGACGUAUAAAGUCAGUUCAUGGAAGGAGGAAAAUAUCCGCAUGAAAAACGACAAACUCCAGCCCUACAUUUGUGAUGCAUGUCAGCUUCAAGACGGUACAAUCAUACUGGCUGAUAACAAUAAUAUGAAGAUAAAGAGGCUUGAUGUGAAUUAUAACAUUAAAGAUUGUUUGGAUUUAGAAUCAAAUCCCAGAGGUAUCUGUUGUACUGGUAAUACUGAGGUCGCUGUGAUAUUGCACAACAACAAAGUUUGGUUUAUAUCAGUAGGAAGCUCAUUAUCUAAGGUGAGAGAUAUAUCUGUUACUGAUGGAGGUUACUAUGGAAUGACAUAUUGUGCUGGAGAGUUAUGGGUAUCUAAUGGAAAAGGUGUUUAUGUAUACAGUACGACUGGUACAUUAUUAAAUUCUAUCAUUAAUGAUGUCAAUGGACAACGCAUAUUUACAUCUAUAAAACAUAUGACCGUCAGCGGAGAAAAUGUUUUUGUAGCAGACUCAAGUAAUGGUGUUGUCUGUUUGACAAGAGAUGGAACGGUGAAAAGGGAACGGAAAGAUAAAAUGCUUGCUGACACACGUGGUGUAUGUGCAUCCAAUGACGGGACCGUGUUUAUUUCUGGGUGUGGCUCAAACAACAUCAUGAUGUUUGAUAGCAAAGGGAAAUGCCUCGGAGAAUUAGUUUCUCAAGAUUUCGGUCUAGUAAAUCCACUAUCAUUAUUGUUCGAUGAGAAGAGAAACUGUUUAGUUGUUGCAUGCUAUUCCGGCAAAAUGAUAGUUUAUUAUAUCUGACAAUUUAAAAAUAGUGUUUUUUUUGUUGUUAUAUUGUACAUAGAUUUAAAAUGCUACAUAUGGAGAAAAAGAUUUACAGUUAUAUGAUCAAACAUAUCAUAUUCAACAGUCAGCCUUUAUAUACAUUUACAUUCCUUGUUAAUGUAUGAUGAUUACUCAAUACAAUACUUAAUGUCUUAAAUUACUGAUAUUCAAUCAAUACCAUAUGUAGAGCUUUGCUAUGCAGUCUAGCUGUUAGUUUUGUUGUCCAAUUUAUGUCAUUUAUUUAUUGGUUAUAAAGACAUGGGCUGUGUGUUUCUGUACAUACAUGUAUGCUAUAAAAAUCAUUUUAAUUGGUCAGUGUGUCAACAUAUCAUUUGCCAAAUAAAUCUAUUUAUCCCUGUUUGUCAAUAUUUAAGAUAAAAUAGUCACUGCUUUCCAGGUUUUUUUGUUCAAGAGGAAAAUAAUAAUUAUCAAUUAUUUUGUUCUCAGAAAUCUUGUAGUUGUGUUCCGCUAUGACACUCAAUGCAAAAUUAUCAAUACAUCAAUAAGGCAUCAAGUUUGUUCGUAUUGGGGCGAAACUCAUUUAUAAAUAAUGCCCUUCUCAUAAACGCUCUUAUACUUUAACUUCUCUCUUUGUGUUAAAAUUUUAUUAAUAGGACAUUAUACUGUUUGUAUUUAAUAUUGUUGUUCACAACAGCACUAAGUAAAAUUCAUUUUUGUAAACAAAAAAUAAAUUUGGUUUACCAUAUUGUGCAAUAAAAAGUUAUUGUGCUAAAAGCCCAUUCGCAUAACAUAAUAGCCGAGAUGCUGCAAUUGCUAAAAAUCCUACAAAUUUGUAAAUUCAUGCUAUGUUAGUAAAUAAUAUGGUUCCAUAUAUGGAAGUGUCGAUGUAACAUUAAAUUUUGAACCCGUUUAAAAUUGUCCGGAUUGGUCAUAUUUGAACGGAUUUUGAUCAAUUUUCAUCUAUCUCCAUUAUUGAAUGACUCAUUCACGUGUGAAAAAAUGACUGAUCCAUUUUUGAUAUGCCAUAAGUGAUCAAAAUAACGAUGCCAAACAUGUAUAUACAGUGUCAUACACAUAAAACGGUAAUAUAUCUGUAUUAUUUUCAGAGUUGUAAGUGAUAAAUAUUGAUACAUCUUAAUUAAAUGACCCAGGAGCUAAUAACAAUUUGCCAAUUCAUCCUGAUUACUGAUAGCUAUACGGUACUUAUGUAGUGAACUUUAAUAUUACAUAGCAGAAUACUGUAUAUUAAUGGGGUUUUUUCGCUGUCAAAGGGAGUCGCCUGCUAUUAUUAAAGGGACAGGCUUCUACUGUUUAUUAAUGUUUAUUAAUGUUUUAAAGAUGUCACACUAGUUAAAACCAAUCUACCCCUCUUAAAAUGAACACUAUUUAACAGACGUGUUAUAUUUCAAUACCUUUUCUGUGCUGAUCAGGGGAAGUAACGAGAAGUGUAGUGAAUCAACAACGGUUACUUCCCAUGAUCAGUACCAAAAGGUGAGUAAAAAGGUGCGCGGAGAUUGGUGUAGCAGACUGGUAUCAGAUAAGAAACUGUUGACUUUAGGGUUGACUAAAAAUGUUGAAUAGGAUAAGAAACAUGUGAACAAGAACAACUCUUAUUGCCUAUAGCAUACCUUUAUUGGGUCCAUAUUGCGGGAAUGUAAAAUUAUCGGUUUUUAUUUGUUUGGGUCGUCAGACCAAACAAAUAAUGGUAGCGAAAUUUCAGAGUCUAAUGCUGUUAAUUGCAAAUGCCGAAAGUAGUCCACUUUUUUGAAGCGGUUACUUCCCUAACGCCAAAAAAUUCAGGGUAUAUCACUGCGUAAAGAUGGUCAAAGACAGGCACAUUAAUUUUCAAGCAAAAUAAUUCCCGAAUGGUCGGAGAUUUCUAAUAUUGUUUUAUUGCAUUUUCUGAUCGAAAAUAAGUAAAUACAAAGCGGACAUUCAAUCUCUGACACAGAAGUUUACAACAAACCUAACAACAAGUAGUUCUCAAAACAGCUUAAAACUAGCGAUUUAAAAGAAAGAAUUUUUUUUUAUUUUGUUACAAGUAUCCAACAAAUUACAACGCAUUCAAAGUUUAAAAAUAGCGUUGGCUUAUAGAAUUGUCAAUAAAUGCACAAUCACAAAUUACGCGGAUGAAUAUGAUUUUAUCAAUGAAAAUACUAUUUUUAGCGAUGUCGAUUACCGAAUACUACGCUAACCGAGUAGUGGAAUAUAUAGAUUCUACAUGUCGGACUGUUUGGGCGAGAAGAUUUUCGCUAAAUUAUUUACUUCAAUUUUAAACAACAGGUUUAUCCAGAACAAAAUACCUCGAAAUUAAUAAGGAUUACAAACAUG